UUCCAAAUGCACGAGUCCCUCCCCAUCUUGCACAUCUGUCUUUUCCUGCACUGGCUGGCAGUAUGAGCCGUUCUUUGACAUGCAAAGCAUCUUAAUGCCGGAGGAAUGAAGCUGAAGAAGCCUAGCAUAACUUUUCUUGGGAGGCUGUUUUCAAAGCCGAUGGUUACUGACAGCGUUUCUGCUCUUUCUCCAUUUCUUUUAGGACUGAUACGUUCAGCAUCAAGCACUUCAGCUCUGUUUUGAUGUCCUCCAUUGAGACAGACAGCGGUGCUCCAGAUGUGAGUCCCCUGUAUCCAGCAGCUGAGCCAGGUUCACGGGUUUUUACUUUGUACCAUCCAGUGUAUUCAUGUUCAGCAGAGCGUGUUGUUGUUCUGGACUCACUGCAUGUGCAGCCAGUGAUCGGCCCGAAGCUGGGACACAAAACCAACAAGCCAGGGAGCGACCACCUGCCACUGCAGAUUAGGGAGAAGAUGACCUGCAGCAUCCUGCUGCUCAUCACCCUGACCUCCUGCGUCUGUGGUUCGUUUCCACCUGCAGCAGGAACAUUUGUAGUGAAUGUGACACAGAGCUCCUAUCAGGCAGAGGAGAACGAGGACAUCACACUGGAAUGGACGUUCACAACCAAACCUGACAGUUCAAACUCCCUUAAUAUCUUCUGUGACCUGAUUACUGAUCACAAGGUCUCAGUCCUGUAUCAUCUGCAUGAAGGUGUUGAGGUCCCAGAGUCUCAGGAUGGACAGUUUGCAGGACGAGUCCAGUGUGACAGAGACGUCCUCAGAGAAGGACGACUCAGACUUCAUGUGUCCAGACUCAGGACUGAGGACUCGGGCCUGUACCUGUGUGACGUGAGCACAACUUAUGGUGGCAGCUUCGGUGAAUGCAGACUCACUGUCACUGCAGCGAGGGAUCGGCCCGAACCUGAGAGACCAAACACAGGAAGUCGGGGAAUGAUCGUCCUCUACUGUGGACUGGGACUGACAGCAGCAGCAGCAGCUGUGCUGGGUGUUUGUUACUGUUUAUUCAGCCACUUUCAGCCUGGUGAACAGAAGAUUGCUGCUCAGUCCAGUGAUGAUCUGAGCAAAGUUACAGAUCAGCAGAUGGAUCAGAGGAAACAGUUUGAUCAACAAUGUAAACGAGACAAGAUUGUUAGAAUUCAACUUUAUACCACGGACACAGAAAAUACCAGUUUCCCAUUGGCUGGCAGGUAAUAAAACUGUCCAUCAGAGCACAUCAAACAUACCAGCAGGUAACCAUAGCAACAGCUUUGAUGCUUCACACACAUUACAUGAGUAAAAUGACAACAAACAAAGUGUAAAAGCUGCUAAUGAUGAAAACACACGCUGCCUUUAUAUUCUUCAGUAAGUGGCCGUGGUAUAAGAGUCAUAGUACACAGCUGAUAUACAAAAUAAUGGACCUGAUGGAGGAAACGCUGUUCUUCACCUUUACGCUGUCCAGUGUUUUGAUUGGACGCCUCAUCACACUCUGUCACUUAUCAGACAGACCUGAAAUCUGCACAGUUUCUUCCUUGUAUAAUAUGUAAAUAUGCUAAUCUGGGAUAAUAUUUAUUUUUUAACGUUUUUUGUUUAAAGCUGUAUGUGAUGUGUAAUGUUCCUUCUGCAUUAAUGACUAGAAUAUGGAAAGACACAGCCAAGAGAUGUAUUUGUGUAUUUUUCAUGCAUCUGUUUCUUGAAAAUAUAUAAUGAAAAAUAAAAAAAGGAAUACUCUGGCAAAAAUGGAAACAGCAAAGUUUUUAUUUAUUUAUUUUUAUUCCAAAGAGAUUAAUUAGAAAAUUAAUAAUUUACUUUUUUAACUUCAGUAAAUAAAAAUCUUAAACACUUGUCAAUUCAAAUAAGGCUCAUAAGAUGAAGUGCAUAAAACUGGAUAGAUUAACAUGUGAUCCAGUGAUGAUAAAACACAGUAUAAAAGUCUAUAUUUACAGAUAUAUAUGUAUACAUAUGUAGAUAUUUACAGACAUGCUGAUGAUGUUUUUAUUUUUAAAGCUACACAAUAGUUUAGCAGCUGACUGUAACAUACAACCAGCGGUGGAAAGUAACUCAGUGCAUUUCUUCAAGUUCUGUACUUCAGUCCAAUUUCAUUUUAUGCUACUUUAUACUUCUACUCCCUUGGUGAAAUUCACGCUCAGUAUGUAUAGUAAAAAAUAAGCUCCACCUUUACCAGCUGUACCAUUAAAGUGAUGAACACAUUAAUGCAUCAAUAAUUAUAAUUCAAUAACAUAAUACAUUAUUCUGAAAUGGGCCAUUCUGCAUAAUGAGUACUUUUACUUUUUGUACUUUAAGUAUAUUUUGUUGCUAAUACUUUGUACUUUUACUUGUAUUUCUGCACUGUGGUGUUACGUUUUUUACUUAAGUAAAAGUCCUUCUUCCACCAUCCAGCAAGCCCUGAAUGUACAUUAAAUGAUCUGUACAAUAACGA